CACCAAAGGCUGCCCGUCAAACCAAGCUUGCUUCCGCCCACGGGAGCGGUGACGUGUUUCAGUCUCGCCCGGGGAACAAAACGGAGCCGGCUGUGCAUGUCGCGCGUGCUGUGCGUCAUGAACGGGGUGUGUGAUUUGCGUUAAAUUGAGAGUUCUAACUAUAAUUGGGUAAUUACUCCUGAAAGUAGCAAGAUGGCAGCAAACCCUCCAGGUCAAGGUUUUCAGAAUAAAAAUAGGGUUGCAAUCUUGGCAGAACUAGACAAGGAGAAGAGAAAAUUACUUAUGCAAAACCAGUCUUCCACAAAUCAUCCUGGAGCCAGAGUUCUGCAGCCAUUCUGCCAAACAUCUGAUCUUCCCAUCAUGAAGAAUAUGGACCCAUGCAUUGCUCUUGCAAGAUCGUCCCUUAACAAGGAUUUCCGUGAUCACGCUGAGCAGCAGCACAUAGCAGCUCAGCAAAAAGCAGCAUUACAGCAUGCACAUGCACAUUCUUCAGGAUAUUUCAUAACCCAAGACUCUGCAUUUGGAAAUCUUAUUCUUCCUGUCUUGCCUCGACUAGAGUCGGAAUGAGGGCGGUUAUUUCCCAGAAUGAAGGAGAUGAUAUUUUGCCCAUUGUUGAAGCUGCCAUCUUUCACAACUACUUUACAUGAUUUGUGAAAACAGAUUAUGUGAGCUGUUUAAAAAACUGAGUUUUUUUUUUUUUAAAUAUUUGACUUAUUUUUACAAAGCCUGUUUCAUUCUGGACUCAUAUGCUUGUCUUCCAUGGUUGAGUCUGGCUUCACCUGAGAAGAGGUGCUUUGGAUUAUUAUGGAACCGACAGUAUUCUUCUUUAAUUUCUUUUGUCAACUCAGAGUAAGACUGUUUGCCUGACAUAUCGCACAUACAUUUUAUUUUUCCGAUUUCCUUUAGUCGGAAGGAAGGAUGCCACAUCCAGAAUUUAAUAGAUGCUUGUUCUAAUCUGCAUUUCUAAAGUAUCUGUCAUAGUAUCUAUGUACUGUACCUGGCCUUAAUGAAAGCAAAGUCAUCUUUGUCUAUCCUAAGACAGACAUGGAUUCAGUAGAUACAGUCACUUGCAUUCACACUGUGCAGGAACAUUAGUGCACCCUAAUGGUUUUUAUGUUUAGUCUUUGUAACAGUGUCCUGGUUUCCCAGGUAGUUUGAGACAAUGGCACACAGUAUCUCUAUCUGUUAUAGAAUAUAUAAAACUUAAGUAUUAACCUUGCCAACAAAUAAUCUUGUAUCCAAUUAUCCUCAUCUUUUCUAGUGACGUGGGAUAAAAAUUCCCAAAGCAUUUAAGUCCCAUGAAACUUAGGAUCAUAAGUUUUAGGCACUUUUGAAAAUGUUACCCAUAAGUUCAAAAUCUGCCCAAUUCAGUGUGUCACACUUUCAGGGUUUUAUUAUUAUUUCAGUGCCUUUUAAAGUGUUUGUACUGCUCAAUUAAAAGUUUUGAUUCUGUCUCUGUAAA